AGAAUGACAUCAUUCACUUUCCAGCCACUCGCGAAGCGUUUCUACUACCUUAUCAUCCGGGCACUGUUGUUUGGGAUUUAACCGCGUGGGGAGGUCGCCAUAUUUAGUGGAACAAAGGCUUCUCGACAACUGACAAUGGAGAAUGCGGAGACAAUUCCGUUGCGAAGGCCGUUUGAUCCUGCCGCUCACGAACUGGAUGCGAGUUUCCGACUCACAAAAUUUGCUGACCUGAAGGGAUGAGGGUGUAAAGUCCCUCAGGAGGCCUUGGAGAAGCUUCUUGAGGGACUCCAACAGGACAGCAAUGCCCAUGAGUCGGAGCAGUCGCAUUUCCAGUACAUGGCGGCUUCACCACGAAUUGGCAUUGGUAUGGAUGCGUCGGUUACUCCCCUUAGACAUGGCGGCCUGUCACUGGUGCAAACAACGGAUUUUUUCUACCCUCUUGUGGACGAUCCGUACAUGAUGGGAAAGAUUGCCUGUGCCAAUGUGCUGAGCGAUUUGUACGCCAUGGGUGUAAUGGACACGGACAACAUGUUGAUGUUACUUGGAGUCAGCAACAAAAUGUCGGAGAAAGAACGAGAUAUUGUGGUUCCCAUGAUGCUCAGGGGCUUUAAGGACCUUGCGGAAGACGGAGGCUGUUCAGUGACUGGUGGUCAGACUGUGAUCAACCCAUGGAUGACCAUAGGGGGCGUGGCAACUACAGUUUGUCAAUCAAAUGAAUUCAUCAUGCCUGACAAUGCUGUAGUGGGGGAUGUUUUGGUUCUUACAAAGCCCCUGGGAACACAAGUGGCUGUGAACGCAUACCAGUGGUUAGAUCAACCGGAACGGUGGAACCGGGUCAAACUGGUUGUCACUGAAGAUGAUGUGAGGAAGGCAUACCAAAGAGCCAUGUUUAGCAUGGCCAGACUGAACAGAACAGCUGCCCGUUUGAUGCACAAGUACAAUGCCCAUGGUGCUACUGAUGUGACAGGAUUUGGUUUACUGGGUCAUGCCAAAAAUCUGGCAAAGAUUCAGAAAAAUGAGGUCAGCUUUGUCAUCCACAACCUUCCCAUCAUAGCCAAGAUGGCGUCCAUCAGCAAAGCCUGUGGGAACAUGUUUGGCUUACUUCAAGGACACUCAGCUGAGACCUCAGGUGGUUUGUUGAUGGCAUUACCAAGGGAACAAGCAGCUGCAUUUUGUAAGGACAUUGAAAAACAAGAGGGCUAUCAGUCCUGGAUUAUAGGAAUUGUCGAAAAGGGAAACAGAACAGCACGAAUUAUCGACAAACCACGAGUAAUCGAAGUGCCCGCUAAAGACAGGGAUGGUGAACUAUGGUAGUUGUGGCUGGUCGGAUCGAUUUGCAGAAUAGCCGACUUUUACCAAAUUCUGAAAAUAAAGUUUUUUUUGUGGAAAUUAUACACUUUAUAAGAAGGAAAUAUCUAAAUAAAAUGAGAUUUUUGGGAUUUAAUUGACAAUUUUUAUGCUCAAAUACACCCAACGUUAUUUUCAGACAGGUAAUGGUAAAUUUUGCAUUAAAAUUGAUUUUCAUUUGGAUGUGCUGGUUUUAAAAAUAUUGUUGAAUUUUGUUACUAUUUGUUGAGCUUAAAAAUUUCAUUUGUCAAUCAUAACUGUAAUUAAUUUGGAAAAGUAAUAUGAUUUGAAGAAUUAAUUAUGGAAAGCUGUACCUAGCUGGAAGGUUAAGCUGUAUCAUAGUCUCUUGAAUGCUUGUAAAUAUUCUGAUCUAGUUCAUGAAGCUGUUUGAGGAAAAAAACAAAAGUUUUAUCAGCAGUGGAAUUUUUGUUUAGUAGAGUACAGAAUUUUUACAAGUGUCCAGUGAGAAAAAUCAUUUUGAAAUUUUGCAUUCCCAUUCUUCAUUCUGUCAUAAUAAAAAAUUGUUAUUGUA